UACAUUUUGUACGUUUAAGAAUGAUUUGCAAACUCAAAGUAAACUUUUUUACGGUCCUAUUUUGGGCAUCAGUAUUUUUUGCAAAUAAUCAACCUAGUUGUGCAGUUUUAUCAAAAGAUUUAAAGGCGAUUUUACCUAGUGGAGAUCAAAUGCCAUUGAUUGGAUUCGGUACCAGCAAAGUAUUAGGCACAGAGUUAGUUAAAAAUACCUUAGACGACGCAUUAGCCGCAGGUUACAGAUUAUUUGAUACAGCAGCUGUUUAUGGCAAUGAAGAAGAUAUUGGAAAGGCGUUAAAGGAACUGUUGCCAAAACAUAAUUUAACCAGAAAGGAUAUUUUUAUAACAUCUAAACUUGCUGCACGAGCCGAAACUCUUGGGAAAAAUGCCUACGCUGCCUUGGAGAAAUCAGUAAAAACUAUUAACUGCGACUACUUGGAUUUAUAUUUGAUUCAUUUUCCCGGAAUUCCAUCGCCCAAGAAGGAAAAUUAUUCAGCUCUGCGCGACGAAAGCUGGCAACAAUUAGUUAAGGGUGUCAAAAAUGGUUUAACUAGAAAUAUUGGAGUAUCAAACUACAAUGUUCAUCAUUUAACUGAACUAGUUAAUAAUGAUCAUGGUGUUAAAGUUGCAGUUAAUCAGGUAGAGUGGAAUCCACGUUAUCAUCAGGAUGAUCUCUUAAACUUUUGCAAACAGAAUGGAAUCCUUCUUCAAGGAUACUUCUCAAUUGGAGGAACCGGCAAUACAGAUUUGAUAAAUAAUGUUGAAGUAAAAAGAAUUUCUGAAAAAUUAGGGAAACACCAGGCACAGGUGUUAUUGCGUUGGGCCGUACAACAAAAUGUUGCAGUUAUUCCAAAAUCACUAUCAAGAAAACAUAUGGACUCAAAUCUAGAUUUGAAUUUCGAAAUACCACAAGCUGAUAUGGAAAUUUUGAAUAGCUUCCCACAGAAACUUAAAAAUCCCGGUUGGAAUCCUGAUAAUGCUUUAUAAAUGAAAUCGUUUUAUGAUUUUGUAUACACUGAAUAAAUAUCUAAGUAUUGAA